AUGGCUGGUAGACUCUCCAGAACAGAAAUAGAAGAACUACAGGCCGUAGUUGAGACAGGAAACCUCAUGGCAGCAGCUGCUAAACUUCAGGAGAAGCUAAAGUCAUUAGAAAACACCCCACUGGAUAUCGCCAUCACAGGACCAUCAGGUUCAGGGAAAUCAUCCUUCGUCAAUGCCAUCCUGGGCCUGCAUGAUGAUGAUGAAGGUGCUGCUGAGACUGGAGUAACCCAAAAAACGAUGAAGCCAAAUGCUUACCCACACCCCAAACUCUCAAGUGUAACAAUAUGGGACCUGCCAGGAAUUGGAACACCGAACUUUCAGCCAGACAAAUACCUCAAGCAGGUAAAUUUCAACAACUAUGACUUCUUCAUCAUCAUGGCCUCAGAGCGCUUCACUUCCCACCACACCAACCUCGCCCAGGAGAUUCAGAAGAUGGGGAAGAGGUUUUACUACGUGCGCUCCAAAGUGGAUGCUGACUUGAAUGCUGAAAGAAGGAAGAGGCAUUUCAGCAAGGAGAAAACCCUGCAUAAGAUAAGGGAGGACUGCAUAGAGAACCUGAGAGCAGUGGGUGAGGCCUCCCCACAGGUUUUCCUGCUUUGCAACUGGGAACUGGCUGACUACGAUUUCCAGCUCCUGCAGGAGACACUGGAGAAUGAGCUGGAUGCGCAGAAGAGACACGUGUUCAUCCUGGCCAUGCCCAACAUCUCGGCAAAGAUCCUGGAGAAGAAAAAGGCUGCACUGCAGAAGCAUAUUUGGGAAGCGGCCAUUGUGUCAUGUGUUGUCGGUGCUGUUCCUGUUCCAGGCCCCUCUUUCGUCUGUAAUGUAGCCCUCUUGGUGUCUCACAUGAUUCUUUACAGUGUGGCCUUUGGCUUGGAUGACGAGUCUCUCACUAGACUGGCUGAGCAGGUGGACAAGCCAAUUGAAAAG